UUCUCCCUCCUCACACUUCCCUUAUAAAUACCCCUUUUGGCCACUUCAUUUCUCACUUCAAUCUCAGUAACUUCUUCUUCUUCUGUGCUUACCCUUUAAGCCAUUUCUUGUUCGGAAUUGGUUUGUAAUCCCAUUUUCAAGAUUGUUUUUGAGUUAGCAAUGGAGACUGUGAACAAGCUGGUGUCAGACAGACCUGUCGUGGUGUUCAGCAAGAACAGUUGCUGUAUGAGCCACACUAUCAAGUCACUCUUGUGUGACUUUGGAGUUAACCCGACAGUGUACGAGCUCGAUGAGCUCCCGGGAGGGAAAGAAAUUGAGCAAGCUCUCAUUCGGAUUGGUUGCAAUCCUGCCGUGCCUGCAGUGUUCAUCGGCGAUCAACUGGUCGGUGGCGCGAAUGAAGUGAUGAGCCUUCAUCUUAAGCGGAACUUGAUCCCCAUGCUUAGAAGGGCUGGUGCUUUGUGGGUUUAGAGUUCUUGUUCAACUCCCUUUUAACUUAUAUAUCUAUAUGUAACCUUAACAUAGCCAAGCUUUACCAUAGGCAUCCGCCCAAAAUGGCACAGAGAGUUUACUUCAAAAAGUCUUUAUGUAAGUCCUUUUUUGGUGACUUCAUUGUAAUGUAAUGUUUUGGUUUAUCUAGUAA